CGAGUAUUAAUUUAUUUGUUUGUUUGUUAUCCUAAUAAUUCAAAUCUCGCACUCAUAUAAGUUAAUAAGUGUACAACGGAUUGGGAAUCGUGUGAUCGACAUAUCAUAACCAUAACGCCAUCGCAACACACAUUUUAGUGUGCAUUUGAUAUUAAAUUAUUGCAAUCACUAGAUUGCGUACAUCAAUACAUUUUGCAUAUUAAUCACUGAUAAUAAGUUAUCGAUGCCAUCCCUCGCAUACAUAAUCAAAGCCCUGUUGCGGCGCAAACACAUCGAGCAGUCAUCCCUAACCCAAACCAGACUCGAUCGAUGCCUAUCGACACUUGAUUUAACGGCUUUGGGCGUUGGCAGCACUCUAGGCCUUGGGAUCUACGUAUUGGCCGGGGAGGUGGCCAGUAGGACUGCCGGACCUGCCGUCACCCUUAGCUUUUUUGUCGCUGCCGUCGCGUCAGUGUUUGCUGGACUAUGUUAUGCCGAAUUUGGAGCCCGAGUCCCAAAAGCCGGUUCCGCUUAUGUAUAUUCAUACGUAACCGUCGGAGAGUUAAUGGCAUUUAUCAUCGGAUGGAAUCUUAUCUUGGAAUACGUUAUCGGGACGGCAUCAGUAGCCAGAGGUUAUAGUCUUUAUAUCGAUGCUCUGGUCAACGGCACCAUUCAGGCCCAUUUCAGGGAAUGGAUGCCUAUAGACGUGACCGGACUGUCCGCUUAUCCAGACUUCCUUGCAUUUGGAAUAACACUCUUAUUAACAGCCAUGUUAUCAAUUGGUGUGAAAGAGUCGACACGUUUUAACUCAAUCUUUACGGGUUUGAAUCUAUUAGUGGUUCUGUUUAUAGUCAUCGCCGGUUCCUUCAAAGCAGACAUUAAGAACUGGACUAUUCCUGAGGAUGACGUGCCCAAAGGUCACGGCUCCGGGGGUUUUAUGCCAUUUGGGUUCUCCGGGAUGAUGGCCGGCGCUGCCACUUGUUUCUACGGAUUUAUUGGUUUCGAUGUGAUCGCCACGACUGGAGAGGAGGCCCGUAACCCCCAGCGCUCUAUUCCUAUAGGAAUAGUGUUGUCUCUGCUGUUGGUAUUUCUGGCCUAUUUCGGAGUGUCUGCCAUCCAGACCCUAAUGAUGCCAUACUAUCUGCAAACCGAAGAGCUCACAAACGGUGCUCCCCUUCCCUACGUGUUUGAGCACGCGGGCUGGCCCGUCGCCAAAUGGAUCAUAUCUAUCGGUGCGCUCACAGGUCUAUCAACUAGUCUUCUCGGAGCGAUGUUUCCAUUGCCUCGAGUUCUGUAUUCGAUGGCCAGCGAUGGCGUUAUCUUCCGAUUCUUGGCCACCGUUCACCCGAAGUUCAAGACACCCCUCUUGGCUACCGGCGUGUCGGGCGUGUUUGCCGGUGGUAUGGCUGCCAUGUUUGACGUCAAAGAAUUGGCUGACAUGAUGUCUAUUGGUACUUUAUUGGCGUAUACUUUAGUUGCUAUAUCUGUGCUCAUACUGAGAUAUAGUGAUUCUGCGAACAAAAUCGGUUUGUCUGACUCCGACCGUCUCGUCGGUGACGCCCACGAAGUGACUCCACUUAAAGACAGUGUUGAUAACGAAUAUAAAGCCGAUGCGAUGCAUGCCUUCCCCUCCUCUCCCGGUUCUGAUAACUCAAUGAACACCAAUCACUUUGUCGGCAGUUCCAAUGAUUCCAACGAUAAUAGGGUUUACAGCUAUAAGGAUGUGUUGCGCCAGUGUUUCAAUUUGGAGAAACUCACGACACCGUCACCGCUCUCUUCCAAAGUUUCUGUGGCACUCAUUAUCAUUACAUGUCUCCUUUUGAUUGUAUUGGACUCACUGUUUGUGUCAUUGGAAGACAAAUUGGCUAAAGCUGAUAUCACUUCUAUUGUCGUGUGUUCUGUGGUUAUCGUUACCAUUAUUGCCUUAUCGACACAGCCAUCUUCGGCUAAAAGGAUAUCAUUUCAGGUACCUUUGGUUCCAUGGGUGCCAUUUUUGAGUGUUUUUGUAAACUUCUACCUAAUGCUCAAACUAUCGACUAUGACAUGGAUUCGGUUCGGGGUUUGGAUGUUCAUCGAGAGCACCGGCUAUUUAUCUGAUGAGGAGCGCAUUCGUAGGGAAACCAAUGCUCACAUCCGAAGACCAGAUGAUAAUGACGUGAAUAUAGAUGAAGAAAAUCAGACAAUUAAUGAAUGCGAAGAGAAUGAGCCGCUGCUUAUGAGUACAUGA